AUGAGCGUGUACAAGUGGCGGGUAAUCUAUCGGGAGUGUGUAAAAGAAGCGGACGUGAAAAGUGGUGACGCCGGAAGAUUUACGGAAGUGGAAAACCGAAAUAGGAAGCUCUUUACUCUCGGAAUCGGAGACUCGACAACUGGCGACGAGGAGGGUAAUACGAAACUCAACAUGGAUGAGAGCCGUGCUUUGCCAAUGUUCCGUUGUGAGCAGAUCGAAAAUAGUAAAUUGGCAAAGGAAUGGGCUGAUUGGAGAGGAGCUCUAGAGUGCUAUUUUGAGUCAUGCCAAAUUACGGAUCAGAAACUAAUGCGAGCCAAAAUGCUUCAUCUCGGUGGACCACAAUUGCAAAAAGUUUUUCGAAGUCUCGAGGGAACCGAAAGUUUUGCUACGGUCUUAAUCGAAAAACCGUGGUACAACGUAGCCGUGGAUUGUUUGGAUGCUUAUUUUAAACCACAGAGGCAAGAUGUUUUGGAACGACAUAAGUUGCGUGAAAUAAGACAAGGCUCGAAUGAACGUUUUGGACAUUUUGUAUUGCGUUUACGUCAGCAAAUCAAAGAUUGCGGUCUCGAAAAAUACUCCCUCGAAGUACGAGAAGUUUUGGAAGAAAUUCUCCUUACGGACGGCAUAGCUGAAGGAUGUACUUCUCUGGAUCUACGACGUAAAAUCUUCGAAAAGGAUAGAACAUUAGCUGAAAUUGAAGCCCUUGGCCAGUCAUUUGAAAGUGUCAAGAUACAGGAGAGCGAAAUGAACAAACAUGCUACAGGUUUUCACGAUAAGAAUCAACUAGAUGUUCAUAAGAUUCAAUCGCGACCGUACAGAUUUGAUAAGAAACAAAAUAGAGUCGUUAAUCGUUUCUACAAAUUUCAAGCAGCAAGUGACCGACCGGAAUCUAAGAUUUUAUGUUAUGGUUGCGGCGGUUAUGGACAUAUUGCCAAGUCUUAUAAUUGUCCAGCAAAAGGAAAACGUUGUCCAAGAUGCAAUGCAUUUGAUCACUCGGAAAAUGGCAUGUCUACCUCAGUAAUGUCAAUCAACCAAUCCAACGAAGAGAAACCUGAGCAACAAGAUGUCGAAAAAGAAGUUUCUCAAGAAGAGCAAAAGGUCUACUACACAUUUUAUACUGGAAACAAAUCAAAUGAAAUCGUGUGCCAUAUUGGUGGAGUACCAAUUGAUUUGUUUGUUGACUCUGGCUCAGAUGCAAAUUUGAUCACAUCGGAUACAUGGGAGUUUUUAAAGGCGAAUAAUGUCAGAGUGGAGCGUUGCACUAAAGGAAGCAACAAGGUUUUAAAAGCGUAUGGAUGUGACAAUCCUUUGGUAAUUCUUGGAACUUUCCAUGCAAUUAUUGAAGUCGGCAAACGAAGUGCACAAGCGGAAUUUCUCGUGAUUGCUAAAGGACAGCGCAACCUUUUGGGGGAUUUUACAUCCAAACAGCUAGGUGUAUUGAUAGUAGGAUCGAACAUUAACCAAGUGACAAGCGAAAGUGCAAUGCAACCUUUCUCAAAAAUCAAGGAUGUACAAAUACAGAUAGUCAUGAACCCCAAUGUGGCACCAGUAUUCCAACCGCUACGUAGAAUACCCAUUCCGCUGGAAAGUGAAGUCAACAAAAAGCUGGACGAUUUGCUAGCCAGGGAUAUCAUUGAGGAGAAAACUGGACCCACCACUUGGGUAUCACCUUUGGUUGUAGCCAAGAAAGCUAAUGGGCAAAUACGAUUGUGUGUUGAUUUACGUCGCGUCAACCAGGCGGUCGUCAGAGAAAGACACCCAAUGCCUAUCAUCGAUGAUAUCAUUGCUAAAAUAGGAAAAGGACGCUUGUGGAGUGUUUUAGAUAUAAAGGACGCAUUCUUUUUGCUAGAAUUACACGAGGACAGUAGACAAGUGACAACUUUCAUAACACACCGUGGGUUGUACCAGUUCAAGCGACUUCCGUUCGGGCUCGUCUCGGCCCCCGAAUGUUUUCAACGAGUUAUCGACGGCAUCUUGGCCGACUGCGAAGGUGCUUAUUGGUACCUAGAUGAUGUUGGCGUUCAAGGAAGCUCUGAAGAGGAACACGAUAUGCGGCUGAACAAGGUUUUACAACGCUUUAAGGAACGUGGUGUUGUACUCAAUUCGGAAAAAUGCAAAUUUCGCGUUACUGAGUUUGAUUUUCUCGGUUAUCAUAUCUCGACUAACGGCAUUCUUCCAUCAUUUGCCAAACAAAAUGCAGUUCUAACGUUUCGUACGCCACACAACGAAAGUGAAACACGCAGUUUCUUAGGUCUGGCAAAUUAUAUGAGUAAAUUUGUGCCUAAUUUGGCUGAGCUAGACGAACCGUUGAGGAAAUUGACACAAAAGGGAGUAUCAUUCAAAUGGGGUGACGCAGAACAAAAUGCGUUCGAUAAAAUCAAAACUUGUAUUGGUAGUGCCAAAAGUCUGGGGUUCUAUAAAUUAGAAGAUGAAACCUCAGUCAUGUGCGAUGCGAGUCCUUUUGCAUUAGGGGCUGUUUUGAUACAAACAACCUGUUCCAACGAGUCCAGAGUAAUAUGCUUUGCGUCUAAAUCUCUCACGGACACAGAAAAGAGGUACUGCCAAACCGGGAAAGAGGCGUUGGCACUGGUUUGGAGCGUAGAACGUUUCCAAAACUACCUGAUAGGGCGAGAAUUCAAUCUGUUGACCGACUGUAAGGCAUUAACGUUUUUGUUCUCUCCAUCAUCUCGUCCUUGCGCAAGGAUUGAGCGUUGGGUUCUGCGACUACAAGGUUUUCAAUACAGAGUUAUUCAUAUACCAGGUCCAGCUAAUAUAGCGGAUGUCCUGUCCAGAUUGCCGACAAUUCCGCCGAAACCUUUCGACGACUCUGAUGAGCUUUUAGUUCGUGAAAUCGUAGGAGCAGCAGCCUCCGCUAUCGCCUUGUCCUGGGAUGAAAUCGAAGAUGCUAGUAGGAACGAUUCUGAAAUACAACAAGUAUUAGAUGCUCUCGUUUCAGGUAAUGCAGAGGGAUUAUUACUUCAAUAUAAAGUGAUUUUCCGCGAACUUUGUAGAGUAAAUGACGUACUCUUGCGAACCGAUCGAAUCGUCAUCCCGAUAACACUUCACCUGCGUGUUCUACAGCUGGCACACGAAGGGCAUCCAGGUAUACGAGUCAUGAAAGGUCAUCUUCGCACCCAUGUAUGGUGGCCAAAGAUGGAUCAACAAGCCGAAGAGUUCGUAAAGAACUGUCGUGGUUGCAUUUUAGUUUCGGCACCAAAUCCUCCGGAACCUAUGAUAAGAAAGCAACUGCCGAGCCGUGCGUGGGAACAAAUAGCCGUAGAUUUUUUGGGACCAUUGCCGAAUGGAGAAAAUUUACUCGUUUGCGUGGAUUAUUUUAGUAGAUUUGUGGAGGUGAUUGAAAUGGAAGACAUAUCGACAGCGUCAACUGUAAUUGAGCUUAUGACCGUUUUUGCCAGAUAUGGCUUACCAGAAAGUCUUCGGGCAGACAAUGGGCCACAAUUUAUUUCAGAAGAAUUUCGAUUGUUUUGUGGGGAAUACGGAAUACGUUUGGUUCAUUCUAUCCCAUACUGGCCUCAGAUGAACGGUGAGGUUGAACGCCAGAACCGUUCUAUUCUGAAGCGAUUACGCAUAUCACAAGAGCUUGGGGAAGAUUGGCGUAAAGAGUUACGGCGUUAUAUUCUUAUGUAUCAUUCAGCGAUUCACCCUACAACUGGCAAAGCACCAUCCGAAUUGAUGUUUGGACGUCAAUUGAGAACAAAGCUACCCUCAGCUUUAAAUCCAAUCAAGAUAUAUGAGGAUGUACAUGACCAAGACUUGAUUGAAAAAGAAAAGGGUAAAAUAUACGCCGAUAAAAGACGAGGAGCUGUGGAGAGCGGUUUAAAAGAAGGCGAUCGAGUUCUGGUUAAACGCACCAAGAAGGACAAUAAAUUGUCUUCUGAAUUCUCACCAGAAAUCUUCAAAGUGCUCAAGCGCAAUGGUGCUGAUGUUCAGAUUCAAUCGACAGUAACGGGAAAACAAUUUAGGAAGUGUUCUGCUCACUUGAAGGUGGUACAUGCAGAUACAGAAAAUGUCUCUGGAGUACCGUCAUCUUCGGAGAAGAGUAAGAUAGUCAACGAUGAAGACAACGCACCGGAACUUCCGGAAGAUGACCAAAGCCGUGCACCUGUAUCGAAAAGGAUAAGAACUGAAGCCAAGCAUUUGAAAGAUUACAUAACUUAUUAA